GCUAUGAAGAAUCUUGUUGACGCAGCGAUCCAUGCUUUGAAGAAUAGAGACACUACAGUUAUCAAACAGUAUUUAAGAAGAGGGUCCCAUGCGAAUUAUAUCUUCAUUUCAGCGACAACUGGUAAUGUUCGACAAUCCGCUCGGAGUCUGUUCUUACGAUUUAAAUGUCCUGUACCAGAAAACUUCACAUAUCCCGAUUACUGGAGUUUCAAUUAUGACGACGCCUUGGGGAACAUUCUCCUCCAACUGGCCGUAAUUAUUUUUGAUUACGAUUUAACUAAGUUGCUUCUAGAAAAAGGAGCAAAUGUAACCAGCAUUGACAUACAAGGACGUACAGCUCUGCAUAUUGCUUGCCAAGAAAAUUCUAUAGAAACUAUAAAGUUAUUAACGGAGUGCUCACCAGCAUAUAUUCUUAACCUGCCUAACAAUCUUGGACAGACUCCCUUAGACGAAGCUUGUAGAUAUUGUUCUCCAGAUGUUAUUCAGUUUCUCUUGCAAAAAGGCAGUAGUGUGGUUGUUCACGAAGACCUGCGAUAUGAUCCUUUCCUAAAUGCUGCAUUUAACGUUGCAGAAUACGCAACGCCAAUUGCAUCUCUUCUUUUAGAUGCCGGUGCAAACAUCAACCAUACCCACAUUUUUGGGAAAACUGCACUGAUAGCUGCUAUAGAAAUGUCUGCCUCCGAAGAAAAUUCAAAUAUAGGACAAAAUUGUUCAUACAGAGAUUUAUGUGUGCUGUUGAUAGAACGUGGAUGUGAUGUUAAUGCUGCUGUUUCCGAUGGUCGAACAGCUCUCCACAUUACCAUUGAAACAAAUCAAGAAAAAUUGGUUCGCAAAUUACUUAUUUGUGGAAGUGACAUCGACAGACAUGAUGUAGUGGGUUUUACUCCAAUGUUCUAUGCGUGUUUAUAUGGUAGAAUGAGAUUGGUUAAUCUACUUAUUAUUUGCGGCGCUAGUUUAAGGGCCCAAAAUUGGGAAACAGUCAUCGAGCUGUUGAGAAGUUCCAGUUACUCAAUGAGCAAAAUCUUGAGUUGUUUAAUUACGUUAUUUAUGCAUCAAAGAUGUGCCUUACGUUGGAACACUUGUGCAACAUAACAAUUAGAAAACACGUAAGAAAUGUGGAGAAAGAUACUAUUAAACUGAGAUUACCCUCGUUACUGCUUAAAGAACUACAGCUUAAAGACUGAUGGAAAAAUGCAUUGAUUUUUUGGCUUAUGCAUAAAGUCUUAGAAAAGAGGACUCGUUACCUCAAUUCUAAUUAUGUGUAAAUUUUUUGUAUAAGA